CGCUUUUCCAUUUCUCCUCUGAGCUGCUGUCUUCAUGUAUCUCUUUAGGAGCCGACAGCGCUGAACUCCGUGCUGUUAACUGGGUUUCAACUGAACCACCUGUAGAAGAGCUAAGCUGUCUCUUUGCCUUCCUCACCACGCUCGACAGCUUUUCCAUCUUUCUUCAGCCUAGCAAUGACAAAUGCCCAAAUACCACCGCUCCAUUCUCCUCAAGCUUUGCCAAAUUAACCGAGUUUGAGCCACUCGGUCUAAUGUUCGUGCACAAUUUCUUCGACCCAAGGAACUGUACCGGGACAAAAUGUCAGUUCCCAUCUGCUACCUUGCUCCUCAGGCACUCACAUGGCUUGAAUGGUUGACAUGACGUGGCCCAUGUGAUCUUGCUUGGGAUCUCGCCGACGCCCAAGCCUGGUUCGAUCCUCUGUAGCUGUUUUUCGUACAACAUCUUGAGGGUGGAACAGAAGUGGCCACAUAGUCCAUGCCCGCGGGGAUAGACUUCCAACGACUGCAGACAGUGUCGGGGUUGUCGGGCCGAAUAAGGUCGCCGAAGCCGUUGCCGACAAUUGUGGUAACCCCAAUAGAAGGUAUCAAAUCCUCCCACCCAUGACCCCACGAGUGUAGAUGCUUGAUGUGAGUGUGGAUGGUGCCGAGCGGUGUAAUGACAUCUAGGAUAUCGAAUCCAACCCUACCUUUACGGCCAAGAUCUAGAGACUGGGGGAUCUUUAAUGCCAUCCUCUGAAGCCACUUUCACCUGCCUAUCAACUAGGAUCUCCAUUGUGUGUAGUAUCUUCUUCACUCGCUCCUCAAGGGUCGAGUAUUUUAUCACCUGUUUCCAGUCAUGUUUAGGUGCCUCUGCAAUGGUCAUGUAUGCUUGCUCGACACUCUCAAGACUAGUGCAUAGAAUCCAGAAAAUGGAGCACCUGGAAUCUUCAUCGCGCAUGCGGCAUAGGUUUCCAAUACUCAAAGAAAGUUUUGGCAGCUGAAGCACCACUUGCUGCAGCAUAGGCUCGCCAGGUUUUGUUUUUAUGGCUAUCGGCAUAGUCACACACCCCCUUGAUCAUGAUGCACGGAACAUUAUCCCACACUCCUCCUGCUCCCUCCAUGUCAAACCCAAUGACCCCUUCUUCGCUGAUAAUUUUGUCGCGGCGCUCUCCAGAUUUCAUCACUGUGUAGAUAGAUGCCAUUUUCCCAGCAUUGCACUGAUGCUUUGACUGCUUCAGCACCGUCUCGGCGACGCCUAUCUCGGAUUUUAUUGCAACCAAGACUACUGCAGUUUUCCUCCAGUGCAUCUUCACAGAUAUCAUCUGGUGAGCUGCCAUGAAAGCAACAGCAGCUAACCGAAUCAUCCUCACUGUAAUGCUUGUGGUGAUAAGAGGAUUCAAAAAGAACGUCAUCGAAUUCGGGAUGCUGCCACAGUGGCCCUAAUAGCUGAAUAAGACGAAGAUUCUGGGACAUCUGCUCUUGAAAUUCAAUGAAAUAUUCGCGUAUCGUCAAAUGGGUAUGGAGCUCCCCCACAAGGUUGUCUCCUGGGGUCAUGCUGGACCAUUCUUGGUAGCUUUGUCACUUGAAUUUAGAUAUUGAGGCCAACUGUUAAUCACAAGAAGAAGCAGAUUUAUGGAUUUAACAUGAUCAUGCCCGGGUCAGUUUAAUGAGCACGAAGAUGAAGAUUGAGGGGUAAUCAACCUUGUUUAACCUGCAAGGUUGCUACUCUUUUGUGAAUGUAGUUAGCCAAUGAUAGCCACUAUACGGAGUAUCUUAGGCUUGUGGCCAGCACAGAACACCGCGGGCGACGUCUUCUGCUCCCAAACCUGUCGCCUGGCGAUUGAGCUGGAGAGGCGCAAUUACUCCUCCCUCGACCCAGUGUAGCCUGGCUCCCCCACACGCUUGGAACGUGCCCUCCAUGCAGAGCAUCCCAUUACAGCAGAGCUCGUUCUCCGCCACAACACAAUCCGAGCUGAGAGAUGAUACAAGCUCUUUUGACGACAUUCGAGAAAGGAAAAGACAUAUCAUCCAUGGAUCUCCGAAAUCAGCUUGUGUGACAAAAUUUAUCUCCUUGGGAUCCUUAUCCUCGGUACAGAAUCACCAGAUCCCAGAAUGUUCAUAAUUCUUGCAUUUCUAGAAAUAGUUCUUCUCCGUGCGCCCUCAUUCACGACAAAGAGACACAGAUGGAUAUAUAUAACCCACAUUGCAAUUGUCUAGGCUGGAGCAUGAUGUAACUGUUGUAGAGGGACAGGAAGACCUUGACUGGACAGUAUCAACACGUGACACAGCUAAGCGCGGGUUCCGCGGAAGUUUAAAAGCUAAACUAAAUAAGGUUAGAAUGUGAUCCAGCCUUCCCCAGCCACUUCUAUUGGAACCGUUCAAACGCUCCCCUGAUGUACAGACCUCCUGUGUAUAGACAAGACAGCGGGAGGAAAGACAUCAAAGCAUAAACACUUCAAUGCCGUUGUCCCGCAAUCUCGUCUUCCGAUUGUUGCCAUGAUGAGAUAGAGCAGUAACAUCCCGCCCUUUGAAUGUGUCCUCAGUCCCUAAUCAUCCAAGUCUAGCGGGCCUCUGCUCACUUUCUGUAUCUAUACAUAUCCGGAUAUACCUCAUGUUUCCCCUCUGCAUAAGAGCCAACGCCCACAUCUAGCCUAACCAAUUAACCUGCCCGAAUCCAAUUGCACCACGCAGCUACCAAUUACCUGCAUAACAAACAUAAAGCGGUAAGCAGCCCUAUCGCGCCCUCAAUGGACUGGCUCUACCCCUUCAGCAACCUGAGCCGUCGCCGCAGCACCAGCAGCACCAGCAGCCGCCGACGCUCACGCAGUCGAGACCGCUACUCAACAAUAUCCUCCCGCCACAGUGGCAGUCAUAGUCGCAGCAAAAGCCACAGCAGCCCGUCCCUCUUCAAUCUGGGCGGGCACGCCAACCGCUCCACCGCCUCCGCCGCCUCCUCCUCAUCGCGCCGCGCAAAGCCGCGGUCGGGCUUCAUAGCCCGUACCGUGCGCAAGAUCAGACGCCUGUUCCGGCACAUCUUACGCUAUGCGCGCAGCCAUCCGCUGAAGGUGUUUUUCAUGGUUGUCAUGCCGCUGAUUACGGGCGGCGUGCUGCAGAAGUUGCUCUCUGUGGUGGGCGUUCGGUUGCCGCCGUUAUUGGGUGGAGGGCAUGGUGCUGGGUUUAGGGGGGGUAAUGGCGGUGUUGGUGGGGGUGGCCUGGGCGGGAUGCUUGGGGGAGGCGGCGGGGGAUUGGGGGGGAGUGUUGGUGGACUGAUGUCGUUGGCGAAGAUGUUUGUGUGAAGCGGACUCGAAGAGGGUGGAGCGGGGAGUGACUGAAAGCGAAGGGGCUGUUGGAUAUCGGAGCCAAUAAUGGAAGGGAGAAUUAAUAUUAUGGGGCAGCGGGGCCCUGUAUAGCGCACGAACGGGACUGGAUGAGGUUUGGAAUGAUCUAUCGUUAUUUUCGCGGAGCUUCACCGCCAUCAGCACUUGUGUGGAAGCCAGUCCGCACAUACAACAUGUCUACCUUUUUUUUUUUUUUUGGGUUGGCUUUUGUAUUUUGGAUCCUAUGUUGUUUCUUCUUCUUCACGGUGGAAUUUUUCUGAAACGAAUUCAUGAAACGCCAAAACAUUAACGAAUCAGGAGGAGGAUGUAUAUCUGCAUGUGUCCCAACGAAUGGGGGAUAGAACGAACACCUUAACCAAGAUUCCACCAUGACGACCCAUAUAUGAUAGAUACCAGAAACUGAGUUUUCCGAGCUUGUUCAUUUUUGUUUCCUAUUUUUCCUGUAUUUUCCUGUAUUUUCAUGGUUCACAUAUUUCCUUAUCAGAUCGUUUCUGUACGAUGCGUUCUCUAUUCCGGAGCGCUAGAAAAUCCCUUGGCAAGAAGACCAGCUCCUGCCUGUUCUUCCGCGUUAGAAAGUUUCAUUCCAUGCAUGACAUCCUUUACAUGCAUUUCUUGAAAAUUAAAAUCUAAGCUACUGUAUCUAUUCAUACAAAGCCGCUUUAAUCUGCCUAACUCGUAGACUAAACUAUGGCUUGCUUCAAGACUAGAUGCACAAUGAC